AUGUCGAGAGCAGAGCUCGUACAGUCUGCCGUCUCCUUCCUGAGGGAUCCUAGCGUCGCACAAUCACCGAUAGCCAACAGGAUCUCCUUCCUCACCGCCAAGGGACUCACUCAGAGCGAGAUCGAUGAAGCCAUGCGACAAGCCAAUGCUACUGGCUAUGCCGGUCCCUCAUCGAACAACGCUUAUGCUAGCCAGCCGCGGUACGGUCAGAUGAGUGUCAUCCCACAAGAUCAGGGCCGAGAUUGGCGGGACUGGUUCAUCAUGACCGUCAUUGGCGGUUCGGUCGGCUAUCUCACUAUUGCCCUGGCGAGGAAGUACCUGUUCCCGGCAUUACAGCCGCCGACCUCGUCUGCGCUCACAGAGGCACAGGAUGCACUGACUGCAAAAUACGAUGAAGCCGCUGCUGUUCUGUCCUCGCUCGAAGCGGACACCGAAGCGCUCAAGUCGGCCUUUGACGAACAAUCUGCAAAGCUGGAUGUGACCGUCAAGGAAGUCACUGUCGCGGUCAAGGCCAUCAAGGAGAAAGAGGAAGAGCGAGAGGAUGACAUGAGGCAGAUCAGAGACGAGAUUGACGCCAUCAAGGAUAUGAUCCCCCGCAUGCUCGAGAAGAACAAGGAUGCUCAGAGUACCGCUCUGACAGAUCUGCAACAGGAGCUCAAAUCACUCAAGUCACUCCUCAUCGCCCGGCGGCCAGGCGCAGUCUCCGGCUCAGAAGCAGCACCCUCGGCCAGCGAACCUGGUUCGCUACCCUCUGUACCCGCUAGCUCGCCCGGUAUGCCCUUUGCAGGCAACAGAUUCGGCUAUGCCACCGGCAAUAGCGCCUCUGUCCCCGGCACUGCCUCCUCUUCCUUUGCAGGUCUGACCUCCCGACCUCCAGGCAUUCCCGCCUGGCAGCUUGCCUCGACGCCUUCGUUGAGUCCCGGCGCAAAUGCAAACGCCCAAGCACCAGAGUCAGCAGACAGCAAAGAGGUGGCAGCGCCCGCUGCGCCUGCACCCACUCCGGCACCUGCCACUGCUUCAGCCGAGCCCGCGUCGUGA